UAACUUCAUAUCUUAUGGAAAACAUAUAUGCAACAUGCGGCACGCAGGAAUUAGCUCGUUGGUGGCUGCACGAAAUCCGGGGAACGCGGGGUAUAUGAUUAUAUAAGCGACAGAUUCCCGCGGACGCCAAGAAUAGAAACACGCUAGGGCUCUGCAGGUGGGGCAUCAUGCGACAUGCCAGUCCCAGAUAGGCAAUCAAGCCGAUAAGCGACAGCCGACAGACGACAGCCGACAGACGACGCGCCGUUUCUGCAUUACCCUUUUGGGGAGAAACGGCCUUCUUAUCGAAUCGACGCAUUGCAGCCAUUGCAGGGGGGCAGUCCAUAAGGUGGGCAAAUACUCUUGCCAGUUCAUCUCCUUCCUGUUGAAUUCAAUUCAUCCCAUCGAACUUGAGAAGCAAACUGUAGUCAUACAUUGACUCCCAAUCGCAAUGGUUGAAAAAAGACCCAAUUUCCUCCUCAUUGUCGCUGAUGACCUUGGCUUCUCCGACCUGGGCUGCUUCGGAGGCGAGAUUCGCACUCCGAAUAUCGAUAAGCUGGCCCUCGACGGCGGGGUUCGAUUCACUGACUUCCAUGCGGCCGCUGCCUGCUCUCCAAGUCGCGCAAUGAUCAUGACUGGAACAGACCACCACAUCGCUGGUCUGGGAAACCUAAUCGAAUGGACCAAUAUCUCCGGGCAGAACGGGCCAAAGGGCUCACAGAUGAGCACGGCCCCGCAACGUGGAAUGCCAGGGUACGAGGGAUACCUGAAUGAGCGUGUGGUAGCGCUUCCGGAGCUCCUGCACGAUGCGGGCUACCACACCGUGAUGGCGGGAAAGUGGCACUUGGGUCUGACGCCGGAGCGAUCCGCGCACAAAAGGGGAUUCGAGCGCUCCUUUUCUCAUCUACCGGCAUGCUCGAAUCACUAUGCCUAUGAACCGCAGCUUCAGAAUGGUGAUGAGACGCCGACCUUUCUCGAGGCGAGCUAUAUUGCUCUCCACAUGGAAGACGAUCACUACGUCCGGAAAUUGCCAGAUGGCUGGUAUUCCUCAGACGGUUAUGGGAACAAGAUGCUCCAGUAUCUCCAGGAGUGGAAGGGCAGGAAGGACGAACGUCCAUUUUUUGCGUAUCUGCCGUUCACAGCACCGCAUUGGCCGCUGCAGGCGCCACGACAGUACAUUGACCACUAUCGCGGGGUCUAUGAUGAAGGUCCCGAUGUCUUGCGACAGAAACGGCUGCAAAGACUGAAAGAGCUGGGGAUGGUCCGCGAAGAUGUGCAGCCACAUCCUGUUGUGGCCGACGAAGUGAAGGAAUGGGCCGACUAUUCGCCGGAAGAGAAAAAGAAAUCUUGUGUAGCCAUGGAGGUCUAUGCGGGAAUGGUCGAGUGUAUUGAUGCCAACGUGGGCAAGGUCGUCGACUAUCUGAAGAGCAUUGGGGAAUUGGAUAACACCUUUGUCUGCUUCUUGUCUGACAAUGGAGCCGAGGGCGCAGCGUACGAAGCAUACCCUAUGGUCCAGAGCGGCGUAAUGCCGCAUCUCCAGAAAUACUAUGACAACAGCUUGGAGAAUCUGGGAAACGCGAACUCAUUCAUCUGGUAUGGCCCUCGUUGGGCCCAGGCUGCCACUGCCCCUUCCCGGCUUUAUAAAGCAUACACAACCGAAGGUGGCGUGCGUGUUCCCUGUCUGGCCCGUUUCCCUAAAAGUGUACAUGUCGCCAAUCAAGCCCAAGGAAUCACAGACCAGUUCUCCACGGUUAUGGAUCUGGCACCGUCUAUUCUCGAGAUGGCCGGUUUGAAGCAUCCCGCACCAAUUUAUCAAGGAAGAGAAGUUGUUUCCAUGCGUGGUAGGAGCUUCUAUCCAUGGGUCACAGGUCAGGCGGAGAGGAUACACGAGAAAGACUUCGUCCAGGGCUGGGAGACGUGCGGCCGUGCGGCACUGCGGUUCGGGAACUGGAAGAUAGUCUACAUUCCCAAGCCCAAGGGUCCAGAGCGUUGGCAGCUCUAUAAUCUCGAUGCUGACCCUGGCGAGAUUCAUGACCUAGUAGAAACAGAGUCAGAACGGCUGAACCAACUGCUGAAGUUAUGGGACCAGUAUGUCAUCGAAACGGGCACCAUCCCACUCAGCCCGGAUCUCGGAGCCUUCAUCGAGGCAACUGAGGCACAGAUGCCAGAAAAUGCAUGGAUGGAGUAUGAUUACUGGAAAACGGGUGCGAGAGACGAGCCGGAGAAGUUCAUGCGCAAACCCCAGCGUUUCCAACGAAUCGUGAAGCAAUUCUAG